CUUAAGAGUCGUCUUGAAAAGAGAUAAUGUUUGCCAGCGCUUCCUUACUGUCUGGGUUCAGCAAGUGGUGAAUGUCGGGUUUGGGUAGAUAUUCCCCCCUUCUGAGCCAGCCAUAUUUUAUUACCCCGGAACAAGACUGGCAGAAUUGGCGAGAGAAACUUCAUAUGGAUAUGUAGCAUCUUCUCGAAGAAGGACGUUGGAAUCACUUGCUAGGGAUCUUCUUUCCCUCCCUCUUCACUGUUCUCACCGUCAUGGCAGCUCGCCUAAUGAAGCAGUGCACAUGCCUGCUGAGAGAAGCUGCCCACCUAAUCCCUGCUGUUGCUCCAGUUGGGCAGCUGAGACUUGCUGGAGUGGCCUGUAAGACUUUGACCUCCUCAGUCACCUCGGUCAGUUCCCCCUCCUCGGGUUCCUUGACAGAGCUGUUGGGAAAAGAGCAAGUGUUCACUCCCUAUCCAGAGCGUCAAGAGGUAGACUACCUCAUUGAGAAAGCCACCAGGCCAGAGGAGCUGCUGCAACUUCUAGGUGGUGAUCAUAGCCUGCACCACAACCAUUUGGCCCUUAUCCUCAUCAGGCUUUCUUACGUGCUGUCCGAGAAGCCAAAGGAAAAGGCCUUGCUUAUAGAGGAUGCCCGCUUUCAGCAGCUUGUCAGGCUAGUUGACCGGCAGAUAAGUUCAGUCUGGCAUGGGACCCUGGUAAAGCUGCUGCGGAGCCUGUACACACUUGUGCUUCCUCAGACCUCCAAGGAGCUGCAGUCGGUGGAGCAGGAAGUGCGCUGGCGUCUGCGGAGGCUCAAGUACAAGCACUUGGUCUUCCUGCUUGAGUCCUGUGCCUCCUUCAUGCGGGAGCAGCACUCCCAGGAACUGCUGGCUGAGCUGCUGAUGCACCUGGAGAGGCGCUGGACAGAGAUCAAUGACAGCCGGACACUGGUGACCAUGAUGACGAAGGCAGGGCACCUCUCAGAAUCACUGAUGAACCGCCUGGAAGACAAGUGCCUGGAGCUGGUGGAGCAGUUUGGCCCUGAUGAGCUUCGGAAGGUGCUAAUGACUCUGGCAGCACAGAGCCGGCGGUCGGUGCCCCUGCUGCGGGCCAUCUCCUACCACCUGGUACAGAAGCCCUUCCCACUGACGAAAGGCAUGCUCCUGGACCUGACCUACGCCUAUGGUAAGCUCAGUUUCCACCAAACCCAAGUGUGCCAGCGCCUGGCUGCUGACCUCCUGCCCUUCAUUCCCAGCAUGACACCUGGCGAGGUGGCCCGAUGUGCCAAGUCCUUUGCCUUCCUCAAGUGGCUCAACCUGCCUUUGUUUGAAGCCUUUACUCAGCACCUCCUGAGCAGAGCCCAGGAUGUUUCACUAGCCCAUCUGUGCAGCGUUGUUCUUGCUUUUGCCCGUCUGAACUUCCGUUCUGAACAAGAGGAGCAAUUCUUCAACUUGGUACAUGAAAAGCUGGACUCCAUGCUAGGGAGCCUGGAGCCAGCCCUGCAGGUGGACCUGGUGUGGGCACUGUGUGUCCUGCAACAGGUGCGGGAAGCAGAGCUGCAAACCGUUCUUCAUCCUGGACUCCACACACGAUUUCUAGAAAGCACGUCUCCAAAGGAUCAGAGUACCUUCCAGAAGUUGGUCCAUAUCAAUAGCACUGCCCUGCUGGAACACCCUGAAUAUAAAGGCCCUUUCUUGCCAGCCUCAGCUAUAGCCCCCAGUCCCUCAUCCUCUAGCAAGAAGAUAACACCCCUGCAAAAGGAGCUGCAAGAGACGCUGAAGGCCCUGGUGGGGAACAUUAACCAGGGCAGCCUGGAGGUGGCCACACAGUAUGGCUGGGUGCUGGAUGCAGAGGUGCUCCUGGAUACCGAUGGCCAUUUUCUGCCCCUAAGAGAUUUUGUUGCUCCUCACCUUGCCCAGCCAGUGGGGAAGCAGCCACUACCCCCAGGAGCUAAAAGGGUUGCUUUCCUACGCUGGGAGUUCCCUAACUUCAACAGCCGGAGCAAGGACUUGUUGGGCCGUUUUGUCCUGGCCCGUCGACAUGUUCUGGCUGCAGGCUUUCUGGUGGUAGAUGUCCCGUAUUAUGAAUGGCUGGAUCUCAAGUCUGAAUGGCAGAAAGCCGCCUACCUCAAAGACAAGAUGCGGAAAGCAGUGGCCGAAGAGCUAGCUAAAUGACCUUUCCCAUCAGUUCAGAAUGCAUCCCAGAGACCUGACUGCUCAGGGGCCAAUCAAUGAGUGCUGGGCAAGCCAGAGUUGCCAUCCUUAAGGAUGAAUCAUCUUGAAGGACCUUGGCCAGAGUAGGGAGUGGCUAACAGCCUCAAAGGUCCUAAUAAAUCUUCUGGUGAUUGAUAUCCUC